AUGUCCUCCGAGCCGAUCGUGGUGACGCUGGACCUGGGCAAAGGAACAACCAGUUCUUUCCCAGUGGUGCUCAAAAAGAUCAUGGAUAUGCCUCCGCCGAAUAUCUUUGAUGGCGACGAUGACACAGACAAAGAGAAGCUGGGCCUCGGGGACAGUGUGGAGCUGCCCGGGGGCAGCAGCCUGGGGCCCACCGCGGCCCUCACCCCUGCCAUCUGGGACAAGACCAUACCUUACGAUGGGGAGAACUUCCACCUGGAGUACAUGGACCUGGAGGAGUUCCUCAUGGAGAAUGGCAUCCCCACGUCCCCUGGCAGCGACGACUCAUCCCAGGAGGCCAGCCCCAUCAAGACCGAAAAGAGACCGAAGUCUGAGACCUCUCUGCUCCCCAUCCAGGAGCUGGAGCAGUGCGCGGAGGAGGUGGUGAUCAUUACCAAGUCUGAGUCCGACGUUUCCUCUGACAUAACCACAGAGGUGAUCACCGAUAAGGACAGGACCACGCCCGAACCCCUGGACCCAGAGGAAAUCGAAGUGGACGUGAACUACGAGCCGGACCCCACAGACCUGGUCCUGUCCAGCGUCCCGGGAGGAGAGCUCUUCAACCCACGCAAACACAAGUUCAGCGAGGAGGAGCUCAAGCCUCAGCCCAUGAUCAAGAAGGCCAAGAAGGUCUUCGUCCCAGAUGAGCAGAAGGACGAUAAGUACUGGCAGAGGAGGAAGAAGAACAACGUGGCGGCCAAACGCUCGCGAGACGCACGGCGCCUGAAGGAGAACCAGAUCACGGUGCGGGCCGCCUUCCUGGAGCGCGAGAACACGGCGCUGCGGAUGGAGGUCGCCGACAUGAGGAAGGAGUGCGGCCGCUACAAGAACAUUGUGGGCCGAUACCAAGCCAAGUUCGGAACACUUGCUGUGGCGGACGACCUUUAG